UAUUGAUAUUCUGUCUCCUUCAUUAUAUACAUUCUACAAAUUAUUAUUUCCUAAAUUUUCUGCAAUUAAUUUAGAUAGGAAAGUUAUAUUAAUUGAGUUUUCUGACCAAAAUAUGGAGAAUAACCUUAUUGAUCUAAACGAAUAUUACGAUUCAGAUUAUUCUGAGACAGAGUCCGAAUCUAGCGAUUCUGAAACAGAGUUUGAAUCUAGUGAUUCUGAAGCAGUGGAUGUACCUCUCCUGGUUAUAAGUGGAAUAAUACAAGAUAAUAGCAGAGCUAGUGUCGAGACACAUAAUAUCGAUUUUAUUCCUAAUCAUUCAUCGUGGGUUAUAAACAAUUGCACCCACUAG